GGUCUAUAUAACGACAUGGCGGAGCUGGGAACAGCGGCAGCAGUCCUUCAGAUUGGAAUGGAAUUUGUCAAUCUGUUGAAGAAGCUUCAAGAAGCAUAUAAAGGCUUGCGGUAUGCCCGAGAGGAGGUGCACAAGGUCAUGGAUAAAACAGAGGUCAUGUCCGAGUUGGCGGACCUCUUCGAGAAAACGAUGAAACAGGUGGCUAAACAUCGCGAUCUCAAAGAUAUUCGGAAAAGGUACCGGAAGGUGGAGAGGAAUUACAGAAAGCAAGCGAAGGGAAUCAUCAAGAAGAUCAAAGGCAUCCUCAACGUGCUCUCUCCCCUAUGGACCCAUCCGCCAGCCCAGAUAUCCCGGCAGCUUUAUGCGAGGGUGGACUGGCACUUUCGGAAACGGCACAAUAUCCAAAUACUCUUGACAGAAAUGCAAUCAUUGGAGAUCUCUAUAAACGGGUUUACAUGCAUGAUCAACAUACAGAUCGCCCUUCGACAAGCAAAGACGGGGUCACUUUCCAAAAUGCAGCUGUAUGUCGUGACCCUGUUUUUUUUAUGUGACUCAAAUUCAUCCCUGUAGGUACUUCCUCGAAGCCAACGCGCGUUUGGCAUUGAUGAAGCUGGAAC